CAUGUUUACAAAUUUUAUGGAAAACAAGAAAAUUAAUCCGAGACAUACAUUAUUAAAAUUAAAAAUCUUGUAAAGCAAUCAUAUUUCGUCUUUUAAUGCACAAUAAACUGUAAACUUACUUAUUUCUUAUUACUCAUUAUCUAACGAUUAUGAAGAAUAAGAAUGAUGUAUAACAAAAGAAAAACAAAACAAAACAUUGCGUCAGCAAUACAAUAUUGCGUUAUAGUGUUUUUUUUUUUGUAUAACCAACCAUUGACAUCAAACUUGCCGAGAACGUAAAAUUUAUAAAUUUAUGCAGUUCUUCUUCAAAUUAAAACGAUUUUUUUAUCAACAUACAAAAUGUCUAAAAUAGAGGAAGUAAAAGUUGAAAUUAGUGGCGAAAUGAAUGUUCCCAAUGAGCAACAAAAACUGCAAUUGGAUUUUAGCAGUUUCACUAACUUUCAAAAAAUUCCAAGCCCAAUGGAUCUCAUACAGAUGACAAGGAAAUAUAUACGUCCAUGGUCUGAAUUUAUUAAUACUUCAAAUUUCAAAACAGCAGCGAGUAUGCCACGUUUAACGAAUCGAUUUGUGCGCAAUAUAAGUUACUUCCAAAGCAAUUACAUAUUUAUAUUUGUAUUACUGAUGAUAUACUGUCUAAUCACAUCGCCGUUAUUACUACUAAUUUUGGGUGCUGUGGUAUAUGGAUGCCAUAAAAUUAAGAAAGCUCAAAUACCUAUCACUAUUUUUGGACAGCAGCUGGGAACUAAUCAUCAAAUAAUGGUUAUUAAUUUUGCCUCUGUGCCAAUUUUGUACUUGGCAGGUGCGGGUGCCGCAUUGUUUUGGACAUUAGGCGCAUCUUGUUUCGUAAUCUCACUGCACGCUGUAUUCUACAAUAUUGAUGCUAUUGUAACUGAAGAAAAUGAAGGAUUUCUUUCAGAGGUUGUGUAAAAAAUAUCACGUGGCACAUAAGGUUCUUUUACAGAAAUCAACCAUAGAGCGUUAAAAAUUAAUAAAUGCUAAUUUUUAUACAGUAGAACUCCAAUUAUCCGAAUUAAUGGGGACCGGGACCCAUUCGGAUAAUCAAAUAUUCGGAUAAUCGGAUUUUUUUUUUUUAAAUUGCCAUUGGAGAGAAUAAAAGCUACGUUUUGAUCUUGCACUAUUUUUUUUAUUGAAUUAAAUGAAUGAAACAUGAAAUUUUCACAUGUUUCAAAUAUAAAUAAAAUGUACUUAUGUACAAGUUUAGAAAUAAAAAUCAUUGUUUUUUAAACAUCUACGUCAAUGUUAGCUGUUUUGCAGUCUUCAACCGUUUUCGGGCAGCCAGGUCACGCAUUCGCUUGACGGUGAGCAGUUGCAAGUGGUCACACUCGGGCUGACGCUCCAUCCACUUCAAAGCAGUCUCGAGGCCGGCAAAUGCUUCACUAGCUGAUGGUCCAGCUUCUACUUCAACAUCAGCAGAAAGUUCUUCUUCCACUUCCACUUCAACAUCUUCUCUCACACUUACAACAAUUUAAUCGUCAUUGAGAAUUUGAAAACUAGGGUCAGACGUGUCACAAGCCAUCCACUCUCCUACAUCUUCAGCACUUACUUCUGUACAACCAGGCAUUUUUACAAUCAUUUUUCUUAUUUCCUCUAGUGACAACGCAUCUUCCUCAUCAUCAUCCUCUCCAUAUUCUUGUUUCUCAUUUUCUUCUUUUCAACGGCAAGUUCAGACAAGUCAAGUCAAGACUUGACGCGCAAACACUGGCUUCGCGGGGGGAAGAAUAAUAGCGCGCUUAGACUUUUUUUGGACAAUUUUUUGUGAUUCGGAUAAUCGGCGAUUCGGAUAGUCGGAGUUCGGAUAAUUGGAGUUCUACUGUACAUAAAAACAAUUUUUGAACUAAUUAUUAAAAUUUCAUUAUAAAAUAUGUAUAUUAAAUUUCAUCCAAAUAAUGUUUACAUCAUCUACAAAAACAUUUUUGUGAUUCUUUCUUUAUUUAGUUUUCCUCAAAUAAAAAUUACAUAUGUAUAUGCGAAAAACAUGACAGUAAAACGGAACGUAUACAAUACGCCUUCCGUUGUGCAAAUAUUA